AUGAUCACUGUCACUGGUGAUUAUGGCUGCGUUUGUGCUCCGAGCAGCAUCGCAGGACUGUUCACUGACCUUGGUCUCUCUGGUACCGGAUAUGUCUAUUGCGCGACUGGCAGCCCGUACUUGACAGAAGAUGCCGUGAGCACAAUCACUGCCGAGAACGCUGCCCUUUGCACACAGUCGAAGAACCAGAAUUUCUGGAAUUCGUACAGCAUGUCAGACUUUAUUGUCAGCCAGGCCACGGAGAUGGCGCCUUACCAGACAGGCUUCUCCGACACGGUCGAAGAGAAGUUGCCCAACCUAAGCUCUGAGGACUACCAGUGUAGUUGGAGCUAUGGCGGUACGCACUGUGAUGCUGGGCCUGUCAUUGACAGCUGCCCGCAAAACCCACAGUUUGCGUAUAUCGAGAUUGCGACAAUUAAUCUGGUCAAUUACCUGGAUGACAUCUUUCAAGCGUUCCAGACUGUGAUCACGACGGUGACGCCGGCAUUUGCGGGCUUCCCUGGUACCUUCAAUCCAAACAAUAUUACCACAUUACCAGGAGAUGACCCAGCUGGGCUCGCGGGAGCAGCGUCGUACUUCGUAGGAUCGUUGGCUGCCCUGGUACCAGGGUUUGGCCUUUUCGCUGAGGGAUCUACAGCUGCAGCACGCUUUGGACAGCUAGGCGCCGCUGCAUACGCCGCUGGCUCGGUGGCGGGCAUCUCCGAAUUUAGUGACGAGUCUGGGAACAUUGAGACUCAGUUCUCUGACUUCGCUGCCAUCUCGAAAAUGCUUAGUCGGCUAUCAGACGCUUUAGCCUCGACCUUCUCGACCUUUGUCACUAGUCGUAUGAACGAAGCUCCUCCCGAAGGUUUUGAGACCGACCCAACUCACCUACCAAUGCUGCUCGCCGACGGCACUUUCGCAGAACCCCACCCGCCUUUCAGCCUGAGCCAGGCGGAGAACCUAACUGCAGCAAUUGCUGGGCCUGGCAUAAACCUACUGUGGCAGUAUGGCUCGACUGUCAUUGCAAAGGUGAACAGGAACAAUCUGGCGGUGGACCCUUGCGAGGGAGACAAUUUGUUCCCAGCCGAUGUGAAGUAUUGCGACCCAGAAGGCAACAUGUUUGUCUUACAAACAAAGCCGGUGGAUGGGAAUGAGUGGGGUGGCCGAAUGGACGAGGUUGGGCUCGAUGACCCGACGAAAUGGGCUGUUCCCGGGUUCGACACCAUUGGCGAUUGGUUCCUCACGGUAGUUCCCUCACGAGCGAGAACAUCCCAUGCCGAAGAAGUGCAAGACAUUACGCAGUCCUCCUGGAGCAAUCAGCAGGAAUUCGGUCCGGCAUCCACCGGUCCAGAACCCGAGGACUUCCUCAACGACUUGAUCUUGAGGGCGCCGACGACGCUCCCUCGUCAGGACUACAUAUUCUUCAACCUCUGGGUCUGCGACUUCGAUCAGAACGAUCUUACGGGUGCCGCUGGAACGAGACUCCAGGAUGAAUGUGGUGAUGCCACCGAAGAGAACGCCCAGUGCUACUUUUACUUUCAGCUGAUUGCUGUGUGUCCAUUACAAUUCCCGGAUGGCACUGGUCCUUCCAAGUGGCCUUGGGGCUACGUUUGGCUGCUUGGUGGGGAAGGCGACGGGUUUACGACUCCUCCAGAUGAGGAGUGA